UUUGUCGUACGACAAAUGUAAUAUCGGCCUAAGGGUAAUUCAAGAGAAGUAAGAGAAAUUUUGUCUCUUACUAAACCAGAUGAAGAAACUGAAAUUGAUAAUAAAUCGGAAACAAAAACAAACGACAAGAUUGGUCUAAUAUUCCAAUAGUUUUGCUCAAAGAUGUAAAUGUACACGCGAUGCAACAAUCGGAGGAAUUUCUUGAUGAGAAUAAUCUACAAAGGCAAAAGACGAAAGAUGAACUGAAAGCGAUGUCCCUUUCAAUUGAUGAUAUUAGAACAUCGUGGCGACCAAGCAGUGAUAUCAAUUAUGUCGAAUUGAACAACAAGUUGAAAUCUAUUUUAGAGAUAAUUCAAGACCAGUGCCAAGAGAUAAAGGAAUUGCGUUGUGUGGCAAAGGUUUCUGUGGAAGAUGUUGUCCACGUGUUUAAAAAUUUUGCUACACACUUUACCACAAAUGAUCUUUCGUACUCGUCGAAAGUGUGGAUAGAUAUGAGUAUAGAACUGAAUGGCAAGUGGACUGCACAUGAUGUCUACAUAGCUGUUCGAGAAGAUCGACGAGGUAUUGUUACUAAAGCAAGAGACGAAUUAGGAAUCGUUGUUAGUAAUAGCACAAGCAAGGGUGUUCGUGAUACCGAAUACAUUGAUAACUCAAAUUCUGUCAAUGAUUCUGCAAUCAGUGAUGGAACAGAUGGAACAGACUCAGCGGACUUCAACAACAAUACAUGUUUGGCACCAUUGUUGGAAUUUGAUUUGAUUCUGGCAGAAGAAGAAUGGGAUGCAAUGAAGCCGAAUGCUACAGUUCAGUAUGGGAGACGAAAAAAAUAUAUUUUAACUAAAGGUGUAUGGACAGACAUCAUAAGCAUUGCUUUAUGGCAACAACAUAUUUCUCUGUGCCUUUGUAUUCAAGAGAGCGAAUGUACAUUUGACAGUGGAUGAAAACUUGUAUAGUUUGAAAAUACAAGGAUCAUGCAAAAGCAAAAUAUGUGGUAACAAAAUCGAUGGAUAUGGCGAAAAACACAUCGAUGAUAAUGAUUUGCAUCUUUGAGUCAAAACUUGUGAUAUGCUUCUUCUUCUUCUUCUUUCUUUUAUGGCUGGUUGGGCAUUAGUCGCCCAUACACCAUUGUUUCUUAUGGGUUUGUAGAAUAUAAGCAAAACUCCUCUAAGAGAGGAGGGAGUCCAAAAAAAGGUCCAGACAAAGGACAUACGCAGCACGCAAAAACACAUCCGAACCCGACACGUUGUCAGUCGGAACUUUACUUGUGAUAUGCGAAAUAUCUUCCAUGAAACAUAUUAUACAUGAAGGAUGAUAAUAUUGUCCAUUUCUUUAUAUCCAAUGAUGCAGUCUUAAGAAAUCAUCUAGUAAAAUCAUCCGUUACAUUACAAUUCACUUGGACCCUGAUUAAUACCGGACUCGCAGAAGAGAUUUAUCUAAAGAGAGCAGUGCUUUAGAAACAUUUGAGGUAUCCCUGCAUUUCUGAAAUACAUACGACCAAUCGAAUACUAUUGUCUUCCAUGAAUGCCUUAGACAGUAUCAUAAAUGUUGUGAAAAGAACCCUUGAUUCAUAUCCUAGUGUAUAUGUCACUGAAAAUUGUUCUGGAUGAAUUGGUCAAUCUUAUUCAAUGCUGUAUCUAGAUCCGAAUCAUAAAAAAAUUGAAAAGAAAGGUUUUGGGACUUUGGAAGAAGCAAUAAAUUUCCGGCCAUAUAUCUACAAUGUGUAAUGUCAAAAGUGCAAAGGGACAUUACUAUUACAGAAGAAGUUAAAUUUCCACAUUUUUAUUGAUUUGGAUAUUCAUCCAUGUAUACGCUUGGGCAUUGCUAAGAACAGACUGGAAUGUAAAUUGACACAGUUAUUGACAACCAUCAGACUCCAAGUCGAGGAAGAAUCAUAGGUUACAUACAGGUCUCGCUGUAAACUUCAGUCUACAUUAUGCUGUGAGUUAUAAAUCAUGUAUUUCUGAGAGAAAAAUAGACAAGAUAAAAGCAGCGUUGCAACAGAUGGAUGGCCCAACUCUCAUGGCGGCGAUUACGAGCGGAGCUGCCGGCGCUUUAAUAUUAUUUUGUCAUGUAUUGACCUACAUACAAAUUGGUGUAUUUUCAUUACUCGUGAUGGGCAUUAGUUGGAUAUACGUCACACUGUUUUCGUGUUUGAUGUUAGCGGUUAUAGGACUAUCUUCAUGCUUCGCUCAGUUUCCAAUAUUCCAGAUUAACAAUGUUAUUGAUCUGUUUUCAUAAAUAUGAUGAUGAUAACGUGGUUGAAGCCGACAAGGAUAACAAUCGAGCGAGAGAAGCUUAUAAUGGACUGCUAUCGGAAUCGACCUAAGUACAUCCAGCACUAUAUGUCAAUUCCAUUGCAGAAUUGGAAACUCUUGCGCCAAGACCUCCAUCACCACCAGUGUAAAACAACUAUCCGUAUAUAUUAUCUUGUACGUAGGUGUGACAUCAUAUAAUUAAUGUGACUUGGCUGUGUUCAAAUAGCUUUAAGGUUAUUAUUCAGACACAUAUGGUCUAUCAUUCAUCUACAUAUAUAUACAAUGCACAUAGAUGCAUGUAUAUCAACACACAUACACACAUAUGUAUAUACAUAUAUACAAUUUUAUAAUAUAAAGCUUCAUAUAUAUAUUAGUAAUAUAAAUGUAUGUAUGUAUACAUAUACAUUAUUUAUUAACUAUGAAAGUAAAUUUUAACUUGAACUGUGAUAAGUAUAUUAACAUCUUUUUUAUACUCUAUAAGUUUUAGUUGUAAUUUGUAAGAAUGUCAUAUUAUAUAAUAUAUAUGGAUAUAAAUCUAAUGUGUGUCACACAAAUAAUAUAUGGAUUUUGAAUCUCGAUAAUAGUCGAUAUGGUCAUUGAUCAAAUAUAUUUAUGAACAUUGUCAGUAUUAUAUGAUAAUUAACAAUACAAAUAUGUAAAGAUAAUAGAGUAAAUGUAAAGAUAUUACUUUCUAUUUUAGAUAUUUGCCAAUUAUUUGUCACAUAUAUUAAUUUAUAUAAAAAUAAUAAUAAUAAAAAUACAUUUGUACG